AUGCCUCCCUCCGAGUCCACCGAGGGCGCGCGCACGUUCUCUCCUGAGAGAGACUCUUCCCUGUGGACUCGCAUCUGCGAGCGACUGGCGGGGGCUUUCCGCGAGGCAGACCCGCGGGUCUGCGUCGCCUUCUGGCUAUUCGGCCUCGUCAAUAACGUCCUCUACGUCAUCCUCCUCUCCGCAGCUCUAGAUCUAGUCGGUCCCAAUGUCCCCAAAGGCGCCGUUCUCCUGGCCGAUGUCGUGCCGUCGUUCGCGACCAAACUGAUCGCCCCGUAUUUCAUCCACCUGGUCCCGUACUGGAUGCGCGUCGUCAUCUUCGUGUUUCUCUCCACCGUCGGCAUGUUCGUCGUGGCCAUGAGCCCCAGCUACACUGACGGAGGUACGAUCUCCUCCAAGAUGGCGGGUAUCAUCUUGGCGAGUUUUUCCAGCGGCGGUGGCGAGCUGAGCUUCGUCGGGCUCACCCAUUACUAUGGCCCAUUCAGUCUGGCCGCGUGGGGUAGUGGCACUGGGGCUGCUGGCUUGGUUGGUGCAGGUGCUUAUGCGCUGGCCACCUCGGCCUUGGGGUUCUCGGUGCAUGGCACUCUUUUGGCGUCGGCGUGCUUGCCGCUCGCUAUGGUGGUCAGCUUCUUUGUGGUGCUGCCGAGAGAGCCAUUGCAGUCGGCCCAGUCUGCGGGAGACAGUUAUCAGGCUCUUGAGCGAGGUGAGCAGAUUGAGGAAGAUGGAUUGGAUGGCGAAGUCCGCGAGCUGCGUCAUGGAGAAGGCGACGGGCUGUUGAUUCACUCCACUACUCCUAUUAAAGCGGCCCCUGCCAGCCACGGAUUAUCGUGGGACCAGGUCUGGGUGAAGCUGGAGCAGAUCCGGGGACUCCUCAUUCCUUUUAUGUUCCCCCUGGUGCUGGUAUACGUCGCAGAGUACGUGAUCAACCAAGGCGUAGCGCCGACAUUGCUCUUCCCCCUGAAAGAAACCCCAUUCGAGCACUUCCGCUCCUUCUAUCCGGUAUACAACGCUAUCUACCAGGUCGGGGUAUUCAUCUCACGCUCGUCGACCCCGUUCUUCCGCACCCACAAUCUCUAUCUGCCGAGCCUGCUACAGGUGGUCAAUCUAGUUGUCUUGACCCUGCAUGCGCUUUUCGAUUUUCUUCCGAGCGUUUGGAUUGUAUUUGGGAUUAUCUUCUGGGAGGGUCUGCUCGGCGGCCUGGUGUAUGUCAACACGUUCGCGGAGAUUGGCGACCGCGUGCCACCCGAGGAGCGCGAGUUCUCGCUGAGUGCUACAACGGUCAGCGACUCGGCCGGAAUUUGUAUUGCUGGGCUUUUGAAGUCCUCGACUGAUAGUGCGAUCGGUGACACAAUCUCGUGCGUGGAAAUGAUCGACCAUGUUCUGGGACGACCCUCCACCCGCUUUCGCAAGAUCCAAGUCUUCGCUGUUGUCUCAUUUUGGUCACUCUAUCUUCUGCGAGCCAACAAACAUGGCCCGCCGCUCCUCCGAUCCCUCUCCUCCCGCCUCAGCAACAGGUUAACAACAUGGCAGACCACAGUAAUGAUCUUCCUAUGGCUGUACGUGAGCCGCAACUUUGCCAAAAUCGUCGGCUUGGAAUGCCCCGAGCCCUUGGCAAACCUCUACUCGCGAUCCUUCUUUCGCGCGACGUGGAUUACCACGGGGCUGGAUGCCGGGUUCUGGACCGCCAUGAAGAUCAAGCCCAAGUGGCUGCGCGAUUUGGCAUCGCUAGUCUUCACGGUCUACUACCUGAUUGCGGCGGAGCAGGCGGACGAGAAGGUGCGGCGGGUGCGAGCCACGUUGACACUCGAGCAUCUGCGCAUUUCCUGGAAUAAGGCGACCUCGCCGUAUCUGUGGGCGCUGGCCAGCUUGCUUCGUCCGCGUCUGACCCGGUUCCCGCCGCGCGCUAUUCGUAUCCCCCGUCCGCCGCUGUCGGUUCACACGGAUCCCGUGCAUGCAUGGCUCUACUUUGAUGGGCCCUUGAGCGCGUUGCGCGAACAGACCUGUGUGGUCUUAGACAUUCCCGGCGGUGGUUUCGUGGCUAUGGGCCCGCGGAACUCAGAGGACAAGCUGCUGGCCUGGGCAAAGCACAUGAAAGUCCCGAUACUGAGCAUCGAUUAUAAGAAAGCGCCCGAGUAUGCGUAUCCCUACGCCCUGCACGAGUGCUAUGAUGUGUACCAUAGCAUCAUCACCACGGCGGGGCGCUGUCUAGGCCUGGGUGGGUUGAUUCGUCCUCGAAUCCUGGUUACAGGCGAGAGCGCCGGCGGCAAUCUGGCCGUGGGUAUGGUCUUGAUGGUACUGCAGUCGGCCAUGGCACAAGGCUGGCGAGGUGCUGAUGUUCUCCCGCGGCCUGAUGGCUUGGUUCUCGCCUAUCCGGCAUUAAACAUGCGGGUCGAGAGCUGGAUGACCGAUGAGCAGAUGUCGCUGAUCCAGGAUAAGAGCUUCCGCCAGACUAACCGCAGCGUGCUGCAACGAAAACAGGAUCAAUACAAGAAACUAACCCCCUUCACAUUGCCCGGCCAUUCGGUUGAGGACCUGACGGCCAUAUCUCCGAAAAAUGAACAAGACGUCAAAAAGGCCGAUGUGGCAACCGAAGCUGCCAAGUCACUUGAGAAGACAGUCAACAAUGAGCAUGGAACGUCUGCUCAAGUAGCUGCCGCAGUAGAGCAACAAGUGAAGCCACUCCAAACCAGACUGGCCGUCUCCUCGAUGAUCUCCUAUGUGCACGACCGGAUUCUCACCCCCGAGAUGAUGCGAGCCAUGAUCAUCCUAUACAUCGGGCCACACCAUCGCCCAGACUUCAACACAGACUUUUACCUCUCCCCCGUCCUGGCACCAGACGCUUUGCUCGCACGAUUCCCCAAGACGUACAUCAUGACCGGCGAACGCGACCCACUAGUCGACGACACAGUAAUCUUCGCGGGCAGACUACGCCAAGCGAAGCAGCACCAGUUCCGCGAGCGCCAGGAACUAGGACUCGAGAAGUCGCGGCGCAAGUUCCACGAGAAAGACCACAUCGACAUCUCCCUGAUCCCGGGGGUAUCGCACGGGUUCAUGCAAAUGGCCGGCUUUUUCCCCGAAGCCUGGAAAUACAUCGACCGUAGCGCCCGAUGGCUCGAGUCGCUGUUCGACGAAGCCGAGCUGCGCAGUUCCGAGGCAAAUCUCACUCAGCUGCCGCAUGGACUAGCGAUGAAUGAUUCCCGGAAAUGGGCGGCCCUCGCUAACCACAAUCCGAAUACCCUGGGUCGUCAACGAAACCAUCACCGCCGUUCGACGGGUGAGUCGUCUGGUGACGAAGACCGGCCUCUGGAGAUGAGCCGCAGCAAGCUUGCGCCCAUGACGCGUAACGAGCAGCACCCACCCGCGCCAUCGGAAACUCGUCCUGGGCGUAGGAGGUCGCGAUCAUCGAUUGAGUCGUCUCAAUUUACGGGAUUCCCAGCUCAUCCGGGGAAGCACCUGGGAAAGACUGAGAAUGGCUUCCUCUCCACACUUUCACAUUGGGAAUCCCACGUCGACCCGUUCUUGCCAGAUGAUACCAACAGCUUCCCAGAGAGUCCUGUGGAGGUGCGGCCGCGUGGCCGGAGCAUUACAUCGCUGGGUAGUGAGGAGGAUCUGCUGGAUCGCCGGAUGAAUGGGCUAGCGGGUGGGUUGAUGGGCUUGGGGGAGCGAGCGCAGACACCGGGACCGUGA